UCGCCACGAAUCGAUGCUGGCGUCACAUUAAAAACACACAAGGUGGGAUUUUAUCACCCCACUCACAAGAAAUUGACAGCGUUAGUGUGAAAAUAAUAUUAAAAAAAAAAAAAAAAGUUCGUUAAGGUGAAAAGGUUCCCUGUGUGAUCUACGUCACUUAUUCUUUAAAAUACAAGUGAAGCCAAACAAUAAACAUGGACUCGCCCGAAGACUUGGACGUUUUCUUGAAGAAUAUCGACGAUGUAAGCAAGCUUGUGAAGGACCUAAACUCACCAGAUGUGGAAGUCCAGCAGGAAGCUAUGAAGAAAGCAGAUAGCAAAAUUGCUGCCUUGAAUGGAUCCUGUAGGACAAAAGUCAACAAGACCACAAUCAACACAAGCCUACCACCCAAGACUCCUGUGAAUGCACAGACUGAAAGUGCAGAGAAUUUCAUGAGGUUAAUGGAGAGGGAUGCGGAAGACAGGAGGAAGAAGAGGCUCGCUCAAGAGGAAAAGGCCACUGCGUUUAAGGACAAAGGGAAUCAAGCCUAUGGCCGAGGAGAUUAUGAGACUGCUGUGAAAUAUUACAGUGAAGGCUUGGCUGAAUUGCGUGACAUGCAGCAGUUGUAUACCAACAGAGCGCAAGCUUACAUCAUUCUGGAGAAGUAUGAGGAGGCCAUCAGUGACUGUGAAUGGGCUUUGAAGUGUAAUGAGAACUGCAUAAAGGCCUACCUUCACAUGGGAAAGGCAUACCUUGGGUUGAAGAAGUAUAGUGAGUCCAGGACGUGCUUUGAAAAGAUAGCUCAACUUGAACCCCAGAUGGAGAAGAUGGCCAAAGAAUACCUGACCAGGAUGGAGCUGGAUGAGAAAAAGGAGAGUCAAGAAUUCAAUGCAAGGCAAGAUUUUGACAAGGGAGUGGAGAAGGCCAAACUAAUCCCUCAGCUUUUGGAGAAGCUGAUAGAGCCUGGGCAGAUGCUUCUCUACUACUGCGGAAUAUUGGAGAUUCUCUCCCAAGCAAUGACCGACUGCAGCGGACAGACACUUUUCAGGCUGCACAAUGGCUUCAGUAUCAUCGAUAGCAAUGACACAACAAGGAGUUGCCUGUUGCAGGAAGCAAAUGACCAGUGCAGCCAAGACUUGUGCGUUUCCAUUCUCAAUGUUUGGACGAUCACUUGCAGAGGAAACGAGGAAAACCUGAAAACAUUGUUGACAUGUCCAGCGUCCAAAAAGUCCAUUGUUCCCAUGAUCUCAUCUGAACAUGACGCAGUGCAGAAGGAGUGCCUGGAAUUUUUAUGUCUCUACUCGCAUACUGCACAUGGCAGAAAUCUUCUCUUUGACAACUUGGAUGUUCCCAUGUUGACGAGAAGUCUCAUGGCGUGCAUCUUGAGGUCAGGGCAGCAAAGGGAGAACAGAGCCCUCCUCAUUUUGCAGAAGUUGGCGGGAGAAAAAAAAUUUUGCCGCCAGCUAACGAAUGUGCUGACGGACUCUGUCGCUGAGCCAUUCACAACAAUAAUAAGUAAUAUCAGCACGGACAAUCGGCAUGUCGUCCCUUCACUUUUAUCAGCUGUAGACAAUCUGAUAGGAGAUGACGUCAUCCGUCACACACUUGCACAUGAUGCAGAGUGUUGGAAAGGCUUCCUGCUUGGCAUCAAGCAAUGCAUUGCAAGCAGUUAUAAUGAGAUACUUUACCCUCUCCUUGGACUGAUCAUCAACCUUUCAACUCUGACCUCACCUGUCAUAAAGGGAAAUGCUGUCUCACUAUGUGACUGCUGCCUGGACCUGCUGAAGGAUGAUGACAGAGGUGUUGUAACUAGAGCCAUGGGUGUGUUGAGCGGCGUCCUCCCUCAGUCCUCCGACGCUGUUAAUCAUGUUGUUCAGCGAGAUGUGGUGAAGAUGGUGCAGCGACUGCUCAAGCGAGCAGACUUGGUUGCCACUAAGUACGCCUUAAAGAUUCUGACGGUGUGCACGACUGCCAGCCAGUUGGCUCGGGAGGAGCUGGUAAAGUCUGACAAAAAACUGUCUGUUCUACGUCGUUUGCUGAGCUCCAGCUGUGAUGAAAUGGUGUCAGGAAAUGCUGCCCUGUGCCUGGCCCAUUGCCUUGAGUUGAAGGGUAUUGCCAGCAACCUGCUGGGCACUGAUAUUGUGCUUCAGCUGCUACGUCAUGCUGCCGGAGACGCAAAGAAGACAGCUGUGCAGCAAAAUGCAGCCGUUGCUCUGGGGAAGCUGUGUCAAUCCGAGCCCAGAUUCGUGAGCAAACUUCGAGAGCUACACGGCUUUGAGAUCCUGCACUCCUGCAUGAAGCUCAUCAAAUAAGGAUUUUUUCUUUUUACAACUUGUGUCAGUGUUCUUGACUGACCUUGUUUUUUAAGUCCACAUGGAAUCUACACUCAUGAACACCAAGAUGCAGUGACGGUGGUGCCAGUUCAGUCAGCUUUGCCAUAUUAACGUGAUUGAUACAUUCCAAAAUCAUACAGGCCUUAAUGUUAUUAAUUAUGAUGGGUAUGAUACAUUAAUCCAGGAAGAUGUUUGUCCCAAAUACUUCAGUAGCAUAUCUAUAUGAGUGAGUGAUAUUAGCCAAGCUGCAAGAAACAGAAGGAAUAUUACAAUGUACAUCCUUUUGCUUAACAUACCCAAUGCUGCUAGUUUCAAGGGGAUAUAGAUGGAUCGAUCGAUAAUAUUUUUUAAAGUUUGUGGCAAUCUUUAAUAUUCUGAGGAUGUUCUAUCAUUUGACAGUUAUGUCCUGCCUAUAUUAAGAAUAAUUGAGUCCUUUACUACUAUUUGUUUGCCGGUGUUUGAGUGGUGUAGAUGGUGGUAAAGGAUGGACAAUUGUUCUUAAAUUAAACAAAUGUCUUUGCCAUAUGUGCAUGUAAUUGAAAACUGAGGACUAAUCAUGAACAGAUAAAAAAAAAUUGUAAACAUUUUAUUAAAGGACUUAUUGGGUCAGAUGAAAGAAGAACUAUUUGAAUAUUGCAAAAAAAACGGGGGGCGGGGGGGGCGUGGUCAGAAGUAGACUGUUCGGUCCCUGUACGAGACUGUUCGGUCCCUGUACGAAUAAUGUUUGCACACCCUGUUUGGAUUUGGACAACUGUUCUCGGGAUAAAUAUUUGUUUUUUUUCCUCCCCAUAAUAUCAAUAUUGUGAACGGUAGAUGCAUGAAUUGGAUGUGAGA